GGGAAACACAGGCCUAUAAUGUGGAGGAGGAUCCUCGAGGAAGCGGUUAAGAAGUACUCCUUCGUUCGGGCGAUUCGGGCUCGCGACAGAAGGACAGUUGCCUACAUAUUGAUCUGCCCUUUGUAUUCGCCAUUCUGCCGCACGGAGGGUUCAGACCGGGACGGAGGCUUAGCUGACUAACGGCUUUUCUGAACGCUGGCACAACUCAAGUACCAUGGAGAAUACCUAGAGGAG